GAUAUUUUUAUUUGUAUUUUAUUUUUAUUGUAGCUUUAUUUUACUUCACAUGUAUGUAAAAGCCAUAUAGUGAAAACAUUUCUAUGUUAAUAACUGUUUCUCAGGAUACAAACAAUUGUUUUUCGCGCCGUGGGCGCUUGGUGGCGUAGAGAGAAUCCGUUGAGUCGGAUUCAAAUCUCAACAUGUUUCAUCAAUGCUGUCAUUUGUAUCCAAUGUUACAGAUUUAAGUCUUUUAAUUACAAACAGAAAUCAACCCCUUUAUAUAAUAACACAAAACUUCGAUAUUCCGUGCUGCAGGACAAUUGUGAUUAGGCAAUCGUGAAAAGCGAUGAGAAAAGUUACGGUUAUCACACGUAUUGCAUUGAAAAAUAUACGUGUAAUGUGAUUUUUAUGAUUUCUACUCUCGAGCCUUUGAACUUUCAAGCGGCUCAUGUAUUUAUCACUUUCAUUUAAACAUAACUCUUCUUUUCUCGAUUGCAUUGUCAAUUCUAAUAAAAAAUAUAUUAAGAUAUUAGAUAAUAUAUUCAAGCGAGGCAUGAACAAUCAGGCGUGAUUUGUGGCGUUCGAGCGAGUCGUCCUGAUUCAGACCGGAUGAGUCGAGCGUAGAUUGAAUCGUUUGUCAUUUAACUGCAGUAUGGCGGAGGACAAGGAUCCGGUGACUCGACUGAAGGAUCUGGUUGAGCUCAAAGAGCAUCUGGAGGAGAUCCAGAGGAAAGUGGAGGAUGAGGUUCAGGCGGGAAUUCCUCAGGGUGGCUCUCUAUUAGCAUCUCCUUUCCUGAAAGGAUUCCUGGCCGGGUGUGUGAUUUCCAGACUGCGUUCCUCAGGCGUCCUGGGAGUGGCUUUGGGGACCGUGACAGGACUCUACGCCGCUCAGAAAUACGAGGUGCCCAACAUCGAGACGAGCCUCCGAGACUUCCUCAGCUCUCUGAAGAAAGGGCCGAGUAAUUAACAGCUCGUUAGCAGCCCGAUUCACACUGGAGAGGAAAAGAUGCUUCCUUGCUGCUUGCUUUUGUGUCAUUCAGCCUCAUAUCAGAGCGCCUUCCCUGUUGAAUUAGAUAAAACUGUGGUCUGAGGUCUGUAUGUGACUGUAGAAUUUCAUUUUAAAUUUUUGUUUUUCUUGAAUACGUGUUUUUUGUUUUACAGUUAAAUUACAGUAGUGUUUUUUUUUAGUAUUGUUUUUAUUUAGUUGUAGUAAUUUUUUUUAUUUGAAUUUCACAGCUGUACUGUAAAAUGAAUACACACUGUAUGUAUAUUAUAUAUUUGUUUAAUAUCACUAAUUUUAAUUGUUUUCUUGAAUUCUUAUUUUGUUUAUUUUAAAGUGAUUUUUUUAUUUAAUUUUUUAUUUUAUUUAGUAGUAUGGUAAAAAUGUUUGCUGCUAUUAUUGUAUAAUCAUGUGGAUAUAUAAUCACAAAAUCUUUGGCCAAAUUGUGCAGCUUUACACACUAACACGGCAGACUCCGCUCAAGCAUCAUGUCCGUUUUGUUUAAUACUGCACCGUUGAAGAUUUCCAUCUGUCCCGGUGCUUUGUUUCAGUCUGCUGUAGAACUUCUUCCUCUACUUCCAGCAUGAUUGUGAUUGAUAAUGUCGGUUCAUCUGAAGCAGAAGCUCCUCUCAGAAGACGCUGGCUUUGUCUCCUGCUUCUCCUGGUCCUUAUUUACGGCUCCCACGCUCCUCUCAUCUCCCUCACCAAAGUCGACGGCCGCGUUCCCUUCAGCCCGUCGUCAUGUGUGCUUCUGAUCGAGCUCAUCAAGCUCGUGCUUUCCUUCGCGGCUCUGCUGGCAUCUGGAAAUCUGUCGGGCCUCAGAAUAUCAGCGUGGAUGGUGGCGCCGUACGCCAUUCCUGCGCUUCUCUACGCUUUCAACAACAACCUAGUGGUGUUCAUGCAAGCCUACAUGGAUCCCAGCUCCUUCCAAGUGCUCAGUAACCUAAAAAUCACAUCCACUGCGCUCCUCUACACGGCCUGCUUGGGGAAGCGGCUGCGACUGGGGCAGUGGCUCGCUCUGGGGAUGCUCGUGGCUGCCGGUGUGUGUCACAGCUACUCCGGAUUGGAUUGGGUAGCUUCAGACGAAUCCGCCGCCAGGCUCCGCAUCACUUCCUGGGGUCUGUUGUUGGUGCUUGUCUACUGUUUCAUCUCAGGACUGGCCGCUGUUUACACCGAGCGGGUGCUGAAAACCCAGCGUCUGCCUUUGAGUCUCCAGAACUUGUUCUUGUACGUCUUCGGCGUGGGGAUCAAUCUGGCGUCUCAUGUCUCUGGCGGCGGGCAGCAGGGGUUUUUCGAGGGUUUCUCUGCCCUCGUUUGGCUCAUUAUCGCGGGACAGGCUGCUAACGGGCUCCUCAUGUCUGUCAUCAUGAAACACGGAACGGGAAUCACGCGGCUGUUCGUCAUCUCCUCUUCUAUGCUGGUGAAUGGAGUGCUGUCAUGGGGGAUUCUGGGAAUACAGCUUACACCUUACUUCCUGUUUCCUGUGGUGCUGAUUGGAUGGGCCGUGUACCUGUAUUACAGGUAGAUCGGACGGCACUGAAGAUUACUUUAUUGCUUUUUUAUAACUCUUUAUAAGCAGUGAAGCGCAGUAUCUCUCUGAUGUUUGUUUUCUCAGCGUGCUUGUUUCCUCAUCUCUGUCUUACGCCUUUGUCCUCUUUCUAGAAGUGUCUUACUGCGAAUGACCAUCAUCUCAUCAAAACUGAGUGCUUUUCAUAUGCAGUACUUUUAUUUACUAAAUAAAUGUUGAAUCCAUGUUUAUGCAAAUAAAUAUAAUGGAUCAUUUUCAA